AUGGAUACUGUUGGAAUAUUGGUAUGCUACAAUGGAAGUUGGGUUAGGAAGGAUAACAUUGACAAUUAUGAAGGUGGGGAGGCUAAAGGCAUAAUAGUGUCACGGAACAUAACGUUUCCCGACCUUGUUCAACGUAUUUAUAAGAUCAUGGAUGCAGAUUCUAACAAAGACAUUGUGACACUGAAGUAUUCAGUUACUUUAUCCUCAUCUGUCUAUAAGCACAUAAGGUUUGAAGACAAUGAUGAUGUUCAAUAUUUUGUAAAGUACAACACAGAUGUUAUGGCCUCUAAAGUAACCCCUUUAAUAGCAAGCUUGAAAAAUAUACAAGGUCAUGGUAUCGGAGGGUGCAAUGGCAAUGUAAGCAUUGAGAGUAGCAAUGCUCCUGCUAAAUUUGGUGUGGAACAUAGAAAUGAGGUCAUUGGGGAGAACGAAAUUGAAAAUGGUGGAAAUGGAUUUAAUUGGACGGAUUGGGUUGAAGAUGUUAAUUUUGAAAGUGUCGAAAACAUAGUUGCUGAUUUGUGUGAACCUAGCAACGAAGAGGAACCGUACUCUGCGCCAAAUAUGCAUCGUCAUGGGGACAACAAUUUCGAACCCUCUACUGUGCAGUGUAGACAGGUGCAAUCUGAACAUUCUCGACAAUCAAUUUCGACUGGAACACACACAAGCCGGAUUGAUUUGAUGCAUGGUCAGAGUUUCAAACAGAUUGAUUAUGGUGGAGGCCUUUGUUGCAUACAUUGGGAAGCAAAUUUUAAGGUUUGCCGAGUUUUUCCAAAUAAGGUUUACCUUUUAAAAACCAUAAGUUUAGCAGCAAUUAGAGGCCACUUUCGAUUGAGAACCGUCCAAUCUGGGAAGCAUCGGUUGUGUGUUCGUUGUUGGCAGCUUCCUUGCCCUUGGCAAGUUCGGGCAUAUAAAAUUGGAUUACAUGAGUUUAGGGUUGUUAAAUACGAUCCGUUUCAUGAAUGUGAUCUAAGGUAUGUAACCAGUCACCAUCCUCAAGCUACGACUGGACUGCUGUCCGACAGUGUGAAUUGGAGAUUCAAGGAUUCGCGCACCAUUUAUACUCCAGUUGAUAUCAAGAAAGAUGUGAAAACAAAUUUUGGGGUGACCAUAAGCUAUGCUACAACGUGGAGAAGCUGA